AUGAUUUCACAAUUGCAAGAAAAGCUCUGCUUAGGAAAUAGUGUAUUGACACCGUAUUGGCUACCAUCACGUGAUCCGAUCGGUCAACGAUGUCACAUUCUUCUCAGAAAUCGUUAUCGAAAGUUAGACCGAUUAGUGAAUGAUUCAAAUAGUUUGCUAUUAUUAUGUAUGGCUGAACGUUCACCAUCACUUAACGAAAAACAGAAACAGUACUGCGAUCAUUUGUUAUUUCAACGCAUCAAUGAGUUGAGGGAGAAGAAUGGUAGCCCAAAUUUGGAUCAAUGCUUCCAAGGCAAAAAACGAUUCGAACGACAAUGUGGUCCAUUACGACAAUGUUGCCAUGCUUAUGAUCAAUGUAAAGAGCUCGUGAGACGAUCUUUCAUAACGGAACAGAUACAGCUAUUAAGUCGUGAAAUUCAAAAUUAUGCAAAAAAAUGCAAAGAAGGUAUUGCAUCAAUUAAUGGAACAGUUAAUUUCAACUAUUCUUCAGCCUUAACUACUUUUACAAGUCAAAAGGGUAGCGAUGAUAUUAUGGAAAAUUUUUUGCGAAAUUCACCUCAUCAGUGGUAUUUGGCAUUGAAAGCUAAACUUAUGAAGGAAAUGCAGAAUUCGAAGUUUCAAAGCUAUAAAACUGUAUCAUAUGAUGGCCUUAUAACUGAUAAAAAUGAUAGCAAUUAUCGAGUAUCACAAAAUAUAGCAAAUGAUGAAAAGGGAGAGCAGAAGAACGAAGAAAAUAGAUUUCCAGAUGAAAUCGCAGUGUGGGAUAACACGGAGUACAAGAAAGAUAUCGAGGAAUAUCAAGUGCAGAAGGGGACACACCGAAAGCAUCUAAAACAUACCGAGGUUGAAAAAAAUAUGGAUCGUUGUCAAAUACUGUGGAAUAAUAUGAAUCAAGCACCACUAUUAUCAACAGUUACAUUACUUCGAAUAGGUGAUCGUUGCAUUGGUCAAGGUGAUAAUAGCUUUACUGAGCUUUAUGAAUUAGCAAUUGAACGUAAUGAUGAGCUUCAUAAAUGUCUCGACAGAUCUCAUAAUCAGACUGAUAAAUCGAUAGAUUGUUCAGUCAUACCAAUAAAUCGUACUCAUUGGCAUUGGACAUUAAUAGAUUCGGAUGAUCUACGAAAAACUACAAGCAGUGAUGAUUGUUUAGCUCAAGUAAAUCUGGUGCAAUUUAAAUGUGCACAAUUGCGCAAAUGUUGUCCAAAUUUCUACAGAUGUCAAAAUGAAACUUUUGAUGCAAAAGCAGAAUUACGAAUAGCUUUACUUACAGUACAAUUGAUCACACAACAUUAUGAUUGUUUACGACAUCAACUUGUGACAGAGACUCAAUUAUAA